CCUAAGUCAAGUGAAGUGAAGUAGGCUUUCCAACUCAAUAACAAAAUUAUAAAUUUUGGAUUUAAUUAAUUAAUUAAUAUAACACGUACCAAAAACAUGGAUAAAGUACAACUAAAAGACCUGGAUAUUAGUCUGGUGGAAAACAAACGGAACUACAUAUCGGGCGACACAGUGUAUGGUACGGUGAGCUUCACAGUGACCGGGGGGCAAAUGGAGGUGUCCCGGGUGAGAAUCGCGCUAAUAUGCCAGACUAAAACGAGCUGGGCCGAAAGUCCAGGCCUACGUCUCCACAGGGAAGGCAAUACUUUUAGCGACCGAAAGACAUACAUUCACUUUGUCUAUAAAAUUCCCGAUCAAUUGGCGUUAAAACACCUUGAACCUGGCAAGCACCAAAUACCCUUUAAUUUUGAGCUGCCUGUUGAGAACAUUCCAUCAUCGUACGAGAGUGACCACGGAUUGAUUGAAUACUAUCUGGAAGUAACCGUCGAUGAGACCACUGUGGACGAGGUGCAGAUGGUCAAGACAGGGAUCACAGUACAGGCUCCCGUGCGACACAAUUUGCACGUGUCGGUCGGUGGGACCGUGGAAAAGGUGUUCACGUUUCCCAGCGUUGGAACUGGAUCAAUCAACAUGCACGCUAGCGUUGCGAAAAAAGGGUUUGAAUCAGGACACCCGAUAGAAGUGGACUGCUUCAUAUGGAACGAGUCGACUCUGGACGUGACACCCCGGCUCACUCUAUACCAGACCCGGGUCUAUAUGUGUGGCGAACGGCAUCGGGGAGUGGUUGUGGCCCUUACGGACGCCCUCGUGGGUCAGGUGGUUAAGAGUGGUGCCAAGGAUAUGUUGGCUUCACUGCCGAACGCAUUCGCACUCAUUCGCAACCCCUUUCCGUAUCGAUCGCUUCGCCGCCAAACACAUGAAUAA